AUGGGGGCCUACAAGUAUCUAGAGGAGCUGUGGAAGAAGAAGCAGGCGGACGUCCUCCGCUUUCUGCUUCGUGUGCGCACAUGGGAGUACAGACAGUUGCCUGCUGUUCACCGGUGCAGCCGGUCUUCAAGGCCUGACAAGGCGCGUCGUUUGGGCUACAAGAAGAAGCAGGGGUUUGUGAUUUACCGCGUGCGGGUGCGCCGUGGAGACCGGAAGCGGCGGGUAGCAAAGGGCAUCGUGUACGGGAAGCCUGCGAACCAGGGUGUCCACAAACAGAAGAGCACGAUGAACCUGAGACAGGUGGCAGAGGCACGCGUAGGCAGAAGCGUGUGCAGCAGCCUGCGGGUGCUGAACAGCUACUGGGUUGGACAGGACGCCGUUUACAAGUACUAUGAAGUCAUCCUCAUCGACCCCCAGCACAACGCUAUCCGCAACGAUCCCAGAUACAACUGGAUCUGCAAACCAACCAUGAAACACAGAGAGCUAAGAGGCCUCACCGCGGCAGGCAGAAAGAGCAGAGGGCUCAACAAGAGAGGUGCCUUUAACACGAAGAUGAUGCCCAGCAGAAGAGCCAACUGGAAACGCAGGCAAAUGCUACAACUCCGACGCUACAGAUAA